AUGGAAACUAUAAUAGAAGAUAAUAAUAAUAAUUUGCCAAUUAUGAGACCAUCACCUAGUGGUCUAGCAAGACCACCGGCACUAUUAGAUUUCACAGACUAUCCAGAAGUAUUUGAUGAAUGGUUGCCAGAAGCAACGCCAGGAAAAAAGCGAAAACUCGGACCACGAAGAGAUGAUCCACCAACACCACCAUCUCCUAGACAACCACCACCAGUUGUACCGAGAAAAGCACUACCACAAAGAGACAGUAAUGCUGCUCUAAUAGGAGGUUCAGUGAAUUCAUCACCAUUCUCGAACGAAAAACAAACAAAGAAUAAAAAAGAACAUUCAUUCAAUGCAUUGCUUCCUAUCGAAAAAGUCAAUGAGAAAAAACAACAAAAGAUAAGACCAGUAGACAAAACAAUAACAAAAGAAAAUUCGAUAAUCAUAUCUCCAAUACAUAGUUCUACACCAGAACCAAUGGUAGGAUCACCAUCAGUUGUACCAAAGAAUGAUGUAAUACCAGCACAGACAUCAUUUCACUUUGCAAUAAUUCCUAUAGAGUGUCGAUAUUUUUUCAAAACAAUAAAACAAAAAUGUACAUUUGAAGCUAUUAAAGCUCAUCAAAACUUACUCGAGAAAAGAUACAAAACACUGGAAAAUGAAAGAGAAAAUAAAUUACAUUCAUGUUUUGAAAAACAAGAAUGGACUUCAACAAUAUCAUUCGUAAAGAAUACUAUCGAGAAAGUGCUUGAAAAUAAGAAGAAAAACGAUCAAAGAAGAUUAGAUAAUCUUCUACUAGACCAAAUACGAGAAAAAGCAACACUAGAAAUAAAAAAUACAGGAACACAGUCAGAGCAACAACACAUACAGCGUUCGCAUGAAAAAUUCAUGAGAACACUAGAUAUAAAAUUACAGUUAGAUAAGAUAGAAAUGAGAUUUGUGGAAAAUAUGCCACCACCAUCGUUAAACAUAUUCGAUAAAUUAGAACUAUAUGCAAAAGAACUAAAAUCGAACGAUAACGUUUUAAGUUCACUACGUGAACAGUGGAAAAGCAUACUUAGAAAAACAAAACUAGACUUAACAGCAUUAAUGAGACAAGCUAAAGUAGCUGAACUAAAACAAAUCAAUGACGAACAUCAAAAACUAGUACAAGAAAUAUCAGAACAUCUACGUGAAUCAUAUGACAAGAUAUGUCAUGUAUCCCGAACAAGGCACGAAUAA